UUAUACCUUUUCGGUUUAUGUUUACAUCUGUUGGUUCCAGAAAACCCUGGCAAAGUUUCCAAAAAAUAAUGGUCAACUUAACAGAUGAAGUUUUUAAAAUCAUAUCGCCGGUUGCAGCACUUACGAAAACCUUGCCAGUUCGAGUUCAACAUGCCCAAUGUGACAUGAAAAGUAAAAAGGUUGAGUUGCUGAAAAGGUCAGAACAUGAACAACUGCGAGAAAUAUUUUCAAAGUAUGCAAGUGGUACAACCAGUAGUGGAGAAAGUUACAUGACAUACUCAGACUUAAUACAGAAAUAUCUACAGCUUCUUGACCUUAAUAAUUAUGAUCAAUACACAUUAUCAUUGUUUGGUUCCAGUGUUGAUACCAGUAGGGAUAACAUGAUCUCGUAUACUGAGUUCCAGGCAUUUGAAGCACUGCUCUGUUUACCUGAUGCCAUGUAUGCUCUAGCCUUCCAGAUCUUUGAUAGGAAUGGUAACGGCUAUAUAACUGGUGAUGAAUUUCAAGAUAUUAUUAACCACACAACCUUGAAUCGUGAAAUUCCUUUUGAUUUUAACUGUGAUUUCAUAAAACUACACUUCGGAAAAGAUAAAGACAGGAAAGUAACAUAUAGUGAAUUUACACAGUUAAUACAUGAUUUUCAUGAAGAACAUGCACUCCAGGCAUUUAGAAAAUUUGACAAGAAAAAUACUGGAAGCAUAAGUGCCAAAGAUUUUGAAUAUUUGAUGGUCACAUUGAAGAGUUUUUUGUUGUCAGAAUUUGUGAAGGACAACCUUGUUACAGUUACUGUUGGAGGAGGUGGACACCGGCAUGUCAGCUACGCCUAUUUUUCAGCUUUUGUCUCAUUGCUAAAUAAUAUGGAACUGGUAAAGAAGUUAUACCUUGCCAUAACUAGAGGGAACAGAAAUGUUGAGGUCACAAAAGAGGAAUUGUUGUACCAAGCUCAAGAAUUUGCACAGAUUACGCCAUUAGAAAUAGAUAUUUUAUGCCAACUCGUCGGUAUACAACACCAAACUGGUCGAAUAAAUUUUGAAGAUUUAGAGGUUAUUUCGCCAAUAGAAGGACGGGAGACUCCAUUUACACUUCAAAUGCAAAUUGCUGAGGAAAAACUUCGGUUUGAACAAGGAACAGAAAGAACUCCACUACUGAGUAUUUUGGAAUCUGGGUACAGAUUUUUGCUUGGCUCUAUAGCUGGAGCUACCGGUGCUACUGCUGUGUAUCCAAUUGAUCUUGUCAAAACCAGACUUCAGAAUCAAAGAUCAGCAAUGGUGGGAGAAUUGAUGUACAAAAAUAGCUGGGAUUGUUUUAAUAAAGUGUUGCGACAUGAAGGUUUUAGAGGUCUUUACCGUGGCCUGGGACCACAACUAGUUGGAGUAUGUCCUGAAAAGGCUAUUAAAUUGACUAUGAAUGAUUUUAUGAGAGACCAGUUAAUGAAUAAGGAUGGUUCUCUGCCUCUUUGGGCUGAAAUGGUGGCUGGUGGAACGGCAGGUGCUUCACAAGUUAUGUUUACAAAUCCUUUAGAAAUUGUAAAAAUUCGUCUGCAAGUUGCUGGUGAAAUAGUUGGAGGUGCUAGAGUUAGUGCUUUUACAGUAAUAAAAGAGCUGGGAUUAAUGGGACUUUACAAGGGUUCCAGAGCUUGUUUCCUUAGAGACAUACCCUUUUCAGCUAUUUAUUUCCCUGCUUAUGCUCAUGUCAAGAAAAUGCUGGCUGAUGAAAAUGGUUACAAUCAUCCAGGAACUCUCUUACUGGCAGCUACAAUUGCAGGUAUGCCAGCAGCAGCUAUACCAACACCAGCUGAUGUUAUUAAAACCAGGUUACAGGUUGCUUCUAGAAAGGGUCAAACAACAUACAGAGGCUUAAUGCACUGUGCUCAAACUAUACUUAGGGAAGAAGGAUUCUCAGCUUUCUGGAAAGGAACACCAGCUCGAGUUUUACGGUCAUCACCUCAAUUUGGUGUGACAUUACUAACUUAUGAAUUAUUACAGAGAACAUUCAGAAUUGAUUUUGGAGGAAGGAGACCUGAAGGAUCUGAAGCUAGUGCAACGAAAAUUGAAGAACAAUUAUCUCGAAAUCCAGAUCAUAUAGGUGGUUAUAGACUUGCAAAGGCAACUUUUGCCGGCAUGGAGGCCAAGUUUGGACUUAUGUUGCCAAAGUUUAACAAGAGUGUGGGUUAAUAUUCCUGAAACAUAGUUUUGUUAUAAUGAAGUUUUAAAUUAUAGACGGUUGGAGAUUUGUUAUAUAUUUAUUGUUUUUUUAAAACAGGACAAUAAUUUCACCAGUGUUUAUGGCUGUGCCAACAUCUUGAUGAAUUCAGGAGUACUUGUUUAUAUUUGUAAGAAAUGGCUGUAGACAAAAGAAUAGUCAGCUAUGAUGAAAAAAUAAGGAAGUGUUUUUAUCUUGGAAUUCAUAAAGUUGAUUUUAGCUGGUCAAACAGGAAUUUGAGCUAUUACCAUCGCUUUGAUAGUGCCUGUUGAUAAUAAGCUGUUUUGAAAUGUACAUUUUUAAGCCACCCUGGACAGUUUUGUAUUGAGGUUGUUGAGAAUGACCCUUUAGACAUUUUUAAUGUAUUUAAAUUCAAAGGUACAAAAGAGUAAAACAAGAGGUUUACAUGAAUAGAUUUUAAUACUCAAAAUCUCAAAUAAAGAUAUUUUUUUAGAUGAUAUGAUGAAAAUGAUGACAAUGAAAAGGGAUAUAAUGUUGCAAGCCUUUGAAUUAAAUUUAAAAUUGUUAGCAAAUUGAUAGAAAAUACCUUGUGUAAAAAAAUGAGCUGUAUUGCAAAACAAUAAUUCAACCUUAUUUGGGUCUGUAUGCAUACAACCUUUAGUUUGACCCUUAGUUAGAAGGUUUUGUUGCACAUGUGCUUAGCGUGUCCAGUGAUUGAAACAAAAGUCAGCUGCAAAAGUGAAACUAGGGAAGGCAGCAGGAGGAAGACCAAUAUCUUUGAUUGAUACAACCCUCAAAAAAAUAUUCUGAUGCAGGUUUAGUAAAUGGGUUUAAUUUAAUUUAAUUUAUAUGUUUUAUCUAUGAAAUGAGAUCAAACAGAACUGAGAAAGUUGCAACUGUCUAAAUAUACAGUCUUAUUUAAGUUUGUCCAGUUUUAGAAAUGUGCUUACCUGUCUAUUAGUAUUUUAUGUUUACCUGCCUGUUUAUAUUUAUAAUUAUAAAAAGGUCACAUGCCCAUUGACAGAUUAAAGUAAUGAUACUGUGCCUCGAGCUAUCUCUGUAAAUCAGUGCAUAUCGUGGUUUCCAAAAUGGUUGUUAUUUUCAGACUUGUUGCUAAAUUUCAUUCCUGACCUGCUGAGAGGAAGCUGUAACAAAUAAUGUAUUAAUAAAUUAACAUGUUGAUAUAAACUGAAUAUUUUUAGUCGAAACGGGUCAUUUGUUAUGUCUCUAUAUUGGCUUAAAGUUGUUUGGCCAUUAAUUACAAUUUUACACAUGUUUUUGGGACAAAGUAGAUGAGUCAAGGCCUUACCCAAAAAGAUUAUAUACACAUAUAUAUCUUGUAACAUAAUAUCUGUUUGGGUAAAGCCUUGGCUGCUAUCUUAAUAUUAAUGAUAAGAUCUCAAAAUGCAUUAUAUUCCAAAAUGUUAGACAAAAUUUAAUAUAUUAAUACUGAUAUCUGACAUGCUAAUGUCUUAUGAACAUCUAAAGAAUGUUAUUUGAUAGAUUUAUAUUACAGUUUGGUUUUCAGAUUCAAGGGGCAAAAAAAAUAGCCUUAUCAUACCUUAUUCCUUGAUUUAAGACUACCACUCAUUAAAACUUGCAGGAGUUUAAUUUUCAAAGAGAGAGAGAGAGAGAGAGAAAUGGGGAACAAACUAUGCCAACAGAGCACUAUAACUUGGUAUACUUUUAUUUCUUUGGAGGGAGGGGGUAUGUUUCCUAGGUUCUAUUCAAGUUUUCAUAUAUUUUCAUUUGCCUUAACUUGUUUGUUUUUAGUGAUAUCAUAAGAAAUGGUGAUCUCAAGGCCUGUAAAAUAUCGGGUAGUCCUUUCAUAAUGGCCAAUGUUCUCAUACAGGAACAGUUGCAGUGCAUUUUUUCUUCCAUUUUAAUUAAAGUUAUUUCACUCCUAUAAAAAGGUAAAACAUUGAGAAAUUUAUACAUGAAAUGACUGUUUAUUUAGAGUAUUACAGAUAAUAUCUUAUUAAGAUUAUCAAUGAGCUUUAUUUUAUUGUUUUGAAUUCUAACUGAUUUAUUGCCUUAUUAUUAUACCUCCACUUUGUGAGUACGGGCUUGCCCUCUCAGUAUUAUGGGCUACAUUGCAAUCAACCUUUCCAUCCAUAUAACCUUACACUUUUCUUAGAAUUACUUCAUAAUUUUUCAGCAGCUUAACAGUGAUGAGUUGUAAAGUGUGAUGAGAUCCCAGACACCAACUUCCUGUUUUACAACACUUUGAAUUUUUUAAUGUGUGAAUGAAAACAAAAAGUUUCAUCACUCUUAUCUCAGGAACUACUGAAAAGAAUGACUUCAUAUUUGACGAGUAGCUUGACAGUGAUGAGUCGAAGCUUGUGUUAGCCUCUUGUAUCUGUAAAGACACCUAGUUCCUGUUUCCCGAUACUUUGAAUUUUUUCAAUAUAUUGAGUAGAAUGACUUUUAUUUUGUCAGCAGUUUGACAGUGAUGAGCUGUUAAGGUGUGAUCACUUUUCUGAUCUGUCAGUCAGCUACUUUCUGUUUUCUGAUACUUUUAUUACGAGUAAAGCAAUGUGUGCAACUUCUUGUUUUAUUUAAAAGAAUUUUUUAUUUAUCUUUUUGUUGUUAUUAUCUUUUUGUCAAACCAAAUACUACAACAACGUGUGCAAGUUCUUGUUUUACUUUAAAGAAUUCUUUAUUUAUCUCUUUGUUGUUGUUAUCUUUUUGUCAGAACACAUACUGUAACAACGUGUGUGACUUUUUGUUUUAUUUUAAAAGAAUUCUUUAUUUAUCUUUUUGUUGUUAUUAUCUUUUUGUCAAAACACAUACUACAACAACGUGUGCAAGUUCUUGUUUUACUUUAAAGAAUUCUUUAUUUACUUUUUGUUUUUGUUUUUAUCUAUUUGUCAAAACACAUACUAAUGGUUUCUUAAUAAAAACACAAACCAAAUUAA